AUGCGAGUGUGUGCGUCAGUUAAGCAACGAGGCGGAGGCACGCUAGCGAAUUCCACAGUUCAAAGUUGCGCGCCCGCGCGGGCCCCGGUCGUUGACCCGUGCGCGCGCGCCAUGCCGUCUACCGCGUUAUGCAACGCGACCUUAACAUUGGGCUGUGGGAAGCGGGACCCUAUUCCGAAUGUUACGGCCGCGCGCUUGACGACGGACGACGUUUUAUUUCGCUCG